UUCGCGUUGCUGGUGGGUCAUUCCAAAGCAGUGAUGGUGGGCAUGAGCGUCCUCAGGUCUGCUGCUGCCUUUGCAGCCAGACUGAGUCCCCUGAAAUCUGGAAAUAAUGCAGUGAAUCUGCUCACUCGAACCAUCCCGCGGACAGAUAAAGUGGCCGUCCGCUGGGGUCACGGAAAGAAAAUGUUCAUCGUCAGACCUUCGGACUUCUACGACCGGAGAUUUCUGAAUUUACUGCAAUAUUACAUCCUGCUGACCGGUAUUCCAGUGGCCGUCUUAAUUACAUGCGUGAAUAUCUUCAUUGGUGAGGCAGAGCUGGCUGAAACUCCUGAAGACUACGAACCUGAGCACUGGGAGUACUACAAGCACCCCAUCACCAGGUGGAUCGCACGCAACAUGUAUGAUUCUCCAGUAAAGGACUACGAAAAGAUGAUGGCUGCCAUCCAAAUAGAGAAGGAGAAGGCCGACAUGAGACUGACACAGCUGGAGGUCCGUCGACACAUGAGGCAGAAGGGCGACGGUCCCUGGUUCCAGGUUCCGACUCUGAACAAGGAGCUGAUCGACAACAGCUACAAGUCGUCGCCUGACAACUAAAACCCGGACGUCUCUGUCAUCAGUACAUUGAGCCGAUCGAUCUCACUGUUUGUACAUUUUUUCCUUUCUUGCAUAAAUAAAGUAUCUAUAUGUACUUGGA